AAACUGUGUUUUUUUCUCACCGAACAGCAUCAGCGGCCGCUGCGAACUUUCAGUCGAACGGGGCGCAGACAUGCAGGACCUUGAGCCAUCACACGGUCAACAACAAGUUUGAUUCAGACUGCGGCGCAGCCCAUAUAUACAUCUCUGUCUCUCUCUCGUCGUUCUGAUCUGCACCACUGGCACGACGAACCCAAGAUCGACCGAUCUGCACCACAAGCACAGCAGCAAUGGCAUUCCUCGGCGAGUACAGCAGCCAGGAGCUGCUCCAGGGUCAGCUCCUGCUCUGGCACCAGUCCCUCGGCUUCUUCAAGUCCCUCGCGCUCGCGGUCGCCAUGGACCUCCGCAUCGCCGACGCCAUCCACCGCCUCGGUGGCGCCGCCACCCUUCCACAGAUAAUCGCGGAGGCCGGGAUCAAGAUCGACCCGCGUAACAACAAGCUCCGCGACCUGCGCCGCGUCAUGCGGGCGCUCACCGUCUCGGGCAUCUUCACCGUCCAGCGACCAGCCUCGGCGGUGGUGGCGGCGGCGGCGGACGGCGGCGCAGAAGCAGAAGGUCCGGUCUACAAGCUGACGGCAGCCUCCCGCCUCCUCGUCGUUGGAGAGAAGAAGAGCUCGACGACGACGACGAUGCCGACGCCUUCUCUGACUGUGCAGGUACAGCUCUUUCUCGAAACUUGUCGGGGAUCCGCGUUCAGCAGGGGCAUGCGCGCGUGGUUCCGGCCGCAGGACGAGCAGCACCAACACCAGGAGCAGCCGGCCGGCCUGUCCCCGUUCGCCAUGGCGUGCGGCGGCCAGACGAUCUGGGAGCGAGCCGAGCGCGACGCCGACGCGUUCCCGUUCGACGACGCCAUGGCGUCGGACACCGCCUUCCUCAUGCCGAUCGUGCUCAGGGAAUGCGGCGACGAGGUCUUCCGUGGCCUCACCUCCCUCGUCGACGUCGCCGGCGGCCUCGGCGGGGCCGCCGCCAACAUCGCGGCAGCGUUCCCGGACCUCAAGUGCACGGUGCUGGACCUCCCGCAGGUCGUCGCCAAGGCUGCUGCUGGCAGUAACGAGAAGGUCCAGUACGUCGGCGGUGACAUGUUUGAGAGUAUUCCUCCGGCGGACGCUGUGUUGCUCAAGUGGAUUCUGCACGACUGGAGCGACGACGAGUGUGUGAAGAUACUGAAGAAGUGCAAGCAGGCUAUACCUCCACGAGCUGCAGGAGGGAAGGUAAUAAUCAUAGACAUGGUGGUCGGAUCAGCCGAUGAGCCGUCGCCGGAGUCGGACGUGAGGCACGUGGAGACGCAGGUGUUGUUUGACCUGUUGAUCAUGUGCAUCAAUGGCGUCGAGCGAGACGAGCUGGAGUGGAAGAAGAUCUUCUCGGAGGCUGGGUUUCACGACUACAGGAUUAUACCGGUUCUCGGCGUUCGAUCCAUCAUCGAGCUCUAUCCUAAUUAGUUGAAAGCUAAGCCUUGCUGGACUGUAAACGUCAUCGUCGUCGUCGGUAGGUAGCAGCGCGUGUCUGCGUACGUGUCGAGCAUGCGUGUAUUGAUCAGCUGAGUCAAAGCAGCGCGAGCUCGUUCGCUUGUGUUCUUAUAAUAAAUCAACUGAACAAUAUUUUUAAUCAUAAUUUUUUCAAACAAGCAGAAAUCGAUCCCGCCGUGUUAGUUUGAACAAUCCCGAUGGAAGAAAUUAGCUAGAGCUGUUUUCCGUGUUUCAUUCCUCUACUUGUUUUGAAUUGAAUUUGACC